AUGGGUAAACUUGACGUAGUUAUGCUACGAUAUCUUUCUGCGGAAGAUUUUCGCGUUUUGACUGCUAUUGAAAUGGGUAUGAAAAAUCAUGAGCUGGUUCCUGCAAUGCUGGCUGCUCAAAUUGCCAAUUUAAAGCAUGGUGGUGUUAGCAAAAUAUUACGCGAGUUGUCAAAACAUAAAUUAGUUAGUUAUGAACGAUACGACUACCUGGCUUUAAAAGUUUUGUCAACUCGUGAAGUAUUAUCAUCAUUCGGCAAUCAAAUAGGUGUGGGAAAAGAAUCAAACAUUUACGUGGUAGCUGACAAAGAUGACAAACCACUCUGUUUAAAAUUGCAUCGUCUUGGUCGUACGUGCUUCCGGAACAUCAAAGGUAAACGCGAUUAUCACCAGAAUCGUAAAUCAAUGUCUUGGUUAUACUUGUCCCGGAUAUCAGCAACUCGUGAAUUCGCUUACAUGAAAGCUCUUCAAGACCGUGGCUUUCCAGUCCCAAAACCCAUUGAUUUUAAUCGGCACUGCGUUGUUAUGGAGCUGGUAAAUGGAUACCCACUGUGCACAAUAAGUGAAAUCGAAAAUCCAGAUGAGUUGUACGACGAACUCAUGAAUUUAAUAGUCAGAUUUGGGAACCAUGGAGUAAUUCAUGGGGAUUUCAAUGAAUUCAACAUCAUGGUGACGGAUAAAGGAAAGCCAAUUAUUAUUGAUUUUCCUCAGAUGGUUUCUACUGAGCAUCUCAACGCCGAGUAUUUUUUUGAUCGUGAUGUUAAUUGCGUCAGAAGUUUCUUUAAAAGAAAAUUUGGUUAUGAGAGCGAAUUAUAUCCUUCUUUUAAGGACAUCUGCAGAGAAGGCUGCAUUGACGCUGAAGUAAAGGCCAGCGGGCUGACCAGACAAAUGGAGAAGGACUUGCUCGUUGAGAUGGGACAGAUUGAUGAAGAUGAAGAUUCUGAUGAUGAUGAUGAUGAUGAUGAUGAUGAUGAAUCAAAUGAAGAGAAACCUUUAGAUUCAAUCACUGAAAUUAAAUUACUCCGUAACCAAGUUAAUGAAAGCGUUGCUAAAGAUUUAAAUGAAAAAAUAAAUAUUCUAUCCGAUAAUGAUGUUAAUGAAGACGAUGAUAAUUUAGAUGAAAGCGUGGUGAAAGAUUUAAGUGAUAAACUGAGGAUACAAAUGAUUGAUCAAGAGGAUCAUGAAAGUGAGCUAGCUGAUCAAGUUCCAGAUCUUAUUGAAGACGAUCGCGAAUCAAGAUUCGACAGUCACAGUACAUGGAGUACUACCUCGACCAUUGACCCAGCGGUAAUUAAGCAACGGGUCAAGCAGUCGCUGAAAAAACGAGAGCGUCACGGACAGUCGAGAAGAGUUUUGGCCAAGGGAGAAGCCAGCACAACUACUCGUCAGAGACGGGAUAAUCGUGAUACUAUUAAGCAGUACACUGAUGGCGGUGUUUGGGGAGAUUAA